CUACUGAAGGACUGCAGGCUGGUUCAGAGGAUUUUGGAUGCUUGGGAAGAAAAUGACAAAAUACAGGAAGCCGGAGGCAUGAGAAAAGGCUAUAUGGGUCAUCUAACCAGGAUUGCCAAUACAGUGGUGCAGAAUGCAGAGAGAGAACAGGAACAGACCCAAAUCUCACAGCUAAUAAAAGAGCUACCAGAGGACUAUAAAGCAUGCUGGGAGCAGUUUGUGAAUGAAACUCUAACAGAAACUAACAAGAAAAACACAGCAGACCUGGUGUUCUCCGAUUAUCAGAUCCAGCAGAUGACAGCGAACUUUGUUGAUCAGUUUGGACUGAAUGAUGAUGAAUUCGGAGAGCAUGACGGCAGCAUCAGGUGAUUCCUGCA